AUAUGGGGGGUUUCAGUGUUCUGGGUGUUUCGUGAACAUAAGGUACUUAGCAAGAGGAUUUGAUCGAACACGCUGCCUGCCAUUUCAGUAGUUAGUACUGAAAGGCAGCCAUGCGUUUUUUAGGCUCUGCUGUCGUUUUCUCCCUAGUGUUGCAGACAAUGUCUGGACCGCUAGAAGACUGGCAGACGGCCACAUCCAUUUAUGACUUCACAGUCACGGAUAUAGAUGGUAAUGAAGUUUCCCUUGAAAAAUACAGGGGAAAAGUUGUCAUCAUCACAAAUGUUGCCUCAAAGUGAGGCAAAACCCCAGUAAACUACUCUCAGUUUGCAGAAAUGCACGCCAAGUACACUGAGAAAGGUUUACACAUCCUGGCCUUCCCAUCCAACCAGUUUGGACGUCAGGAACCCGGAACCAAUUCCCAAAUCAAAGAAUUCGCCAAGUCUUACAAAGCAGAGUUUGAUAUGUUCAGUAAGAUUGACGUGAACGGCGACACUGCGCAUCCUCUGUGGAAGUGGCUGAAGGAACAACCCAAUGGAAAAGGAUUCUUUGGAAAUAGCAUCAAAUGGAAUUUCACAAAGUUCCUUAUUAACCGUGAAGGCCAGGUUGUGAAGAGAUAUUCUCCACUGCAGGAUCCAAGCGUGGUGGAAAAGGAUCUGCCUAAAUAUCUCUAAGGAGCAUAAUUAGCUGACUGUCAAAUGACCCCACGCUGCCCUGCCGCCCCUCUUCAUUCUCCCCGACUGACAGCUGGGUGUCAGUGAUGUCGUCUCACGGACUAAUGAUGGUUUGUUUCAAAACCCGUCUUGAGGAAAAAACAGACCUGAUGCAUUUGGCGUGCAACCCCUCCUGAGAGCAUCAUCUCUGAGCCGUCAGUCUGGAGAGAGACCCCCGUCCUUCUACUGCCCCUGUGCUUUUACAUGAAAUAAUGUACAUUUCUUCAGCACUAAACAUGUUGUCAUGGUGUAACAUUUCUUAAUAAAUGCAAAGACACUGAUUUUAAAA